GGUCACACGGUAAUCUAGAGAUCGGAAUUAAAUUUUAAAGCUCCUUUAUUUAUUUGUUUAAAAGCGCAUACUCGCAAUACCAGCGUCAUGCAACCCGGUAACAACCUUAACGGACUCUCCCAAGUGCCUUGCGAAUCAGCACUUGAUUCAACCACUGAAAAUAAUUCCGAAAGUAGCGAUUCGGAUUUGGAAAUUCUGAGCAAUGGAGUUGGCGAUCAAACCCGGGUCAUCCAAGGACUUAAAAGAACUAUUAGACGGAAGCAAACCGAAAUAAACGAGCUGACUGGCAAGUUAACUAUAGCAGACAUUCACUUGGCGAGUGAAAAGGAAAAGACCAGAGAUAAGGAGGUUGUUAUUAGCUCGCUAAAAACAUCAAUCGAUGUAAUUACACAAAGUAAGGACUUAAUCAUAAAAGCCCUGCAGAGUCAACUGAUUGAACUGCAAACUUCGCUCGACUCAGGCAAGAAUAAACCUGUAACAAAGGAUUGUCAAAACCCAAAGGUAACUGAAAGCGAUGUAAUGACAAUUUACAAUCUUAGUGUCAAAAUUGAGGAAAUGGGAUUCGAACUUAAGCAAAAAAACAAUUUACUAUCUGAUUUGAAAGAUAAAACGCAGAAAUAUGAAUGCAGUCUAAGAGAGAAAGAUGAGCACAUCUCAAAGCUCGAAGCCCAAGCGGAAAAAGAUACAGCCAAGAUAAGUGAAUUGCUUAAAAAACAAUCUAAGGGUGGGGCUACGGUAGAUAACAGUAAUGCCCUAGUGCUUCUUAACUGCACCAAAAUCCCUUCAAUUAAAUUUGUGUCACUUCCUCCAGCCAGCCGCUUCGCAGUAGUUUUUGAGGAUCUCCCGUCAGCUGGUCCUGGUUGGAUGGUUAUACAGCGUCGAAUCGACGGACGUGUUGCAUUUGAUACUAAGGGAUCGAACCUGGAUUGUUUUAAUGGCUUUGGUGACCUAAGCAGAGAAUUCUGGCUUGGUUGUGAUAAAAUACACGUGUUGACUGCAAGCAGAAGACACGAAUUAUAUAUUGAACUCGUGGAUUUCGAUGAUGCGAAAGCUUUCGCUAGAUAUGAUCACUUUGUAGUUGGCGGCCAAGCAGAACACUACAAGUUGAAAAGUCUCGGUCAAUAUUCUGGAAAUGCUGGAGAUUUCUUGCGGAAAAGUGAAAAUAAUCAAUAUUUGGUUAUUAAAACACUUCCUGGUUCGGAGAUAUACUUCGAAUUCUUCGGGUGGUGGAUCGGAGCUGAAUGGUAAACAUAUAUGUUAUUGAAAUUUUCAGCAAUUUGAAUGGAAAGUACUACGACUGUAAGACCUCAUUGGACACAGACAAUGGGAUUUGGUGGGGUCUAUGGAAUUUGGGGAAACGUCAUUCUCUUAAAUCGUGUAAAAUGCUUAUAAGACCAUACCGUAAAAGGAUAUAGUAAUGUCAUUUCCAUUGAAAUCCAUUUGAAUAGCUGAAUUAAAAAAAAAAAAAACCAACCCAGGUUCUGAAUUUGACAUCUAUCAUAACUAAGCUAAAAAUGCUUUAUUUUCAAUUCGGAAAACGGUUUGGUGCUGUCUUUUUUAAAUUAAAAUUUUAAGAAAUCACUCUUUUGGUCAAAUUUUGACAAUUUGAGUGAUCUAAUCCAUAAUGAAAUUUUUGGAAAAAGGGUUAAAAAUUUUGUUUUUCUUCAGACAUGGCUAAAACUGUUCGUCUGAUGAUGCUUAACAAGAAUAUAUGUACAUGUAUAUACUUUAUAGGGUAGGAAAUGACUCCAUCAGUGCGUUGUUAGCUUCUGAUUGCAAUUAUAAUAUUCUCAAAAAGUAUGAAAAUAUUCGCAUUUUUCCUGAAUUCCGAUCACAUUGUG